CUCAAAAUUGGUGACAUACGACUGAAUUCUUUUCAAAUUCUUUUUUCUCUGUUAUCUGGGCGGUGAUUUACGUCCCCUCGAGGAUGUAGAUCUCAGACGGUUUGGAGAAAGAUUUUCUCUAAUUAUCAAAGUAAUCACUAAUUAUCUUAGAUGGUUUUUGUGGAAUAGAAUAUUUAUGUACUGGCGAUCAAGAACAUUAAAAUACAGUGUUUUAUAAAAAAAUACAUACACUCUAUAAAAGGAUUAAAGUUAGAUACUAGGAUUAGUUACUAAAAAAUCAAACUAAUUUAAAGCAAAAAUUGGUAUUUUGUAAAUUAAUUUCUGAAAUUAGUUAUUGGUAGUAUUUGGUAGUGCAUUUUUUAUCAACAAAUAAUCUUGGAAUUCUUUCGACAAACAAAUAGAAGGUUUCAUAAAGUAAAAUCUUUUUUAUUACAAAAUGCGAGUAUUCCAUGGUGCCUUGAAAACUUAGCCAGCCCUGACAUCUUCCUGAUGCGUGGGUGCUUGCGUUCGUACGCGUGCGUCACGUUGUAUAUCCACUGUACAUCUCGCUGCUUGUGACGAAGAAUAGAACACCGCGUACAAAGCAUGGUGGAAGCAAGAGGAGAUAAGAUUACUUACUUUUUUAACGUGGCGACUGCCUAUGGUGCGUAACAUAAUGCACAGUCAGUGGAGGCUCUUUUGAACGUAUCUCUGUCGUAUUCAUGAGUAGUAACGUGAAGAGACGUGGCGUGACGAAGGUUAUGGGAUAACUGAUUCUGUUCGUCCAAGUUUCUCAUUAGCGGAAAACUAUGGGAAACUUUACGCGUGAUAUUGUGAUUUGUGUGCUGCUACUACUUUCAGUCAGCAUUAUAUUUGGAACCAGUGAGAUCAUUAAAUCAUUAACCAAUAAUGGGGAGGAAAUUCCCAAGACAUCUGUGUAUAACACACUUGUUCGAUUAUGCUUAAAUUUAUUGGGAUACUCCACUGUACUAUUACCUGGUUACCUCAUAUACAAAUAUGUGCGCUAUACAAAGUAUAUUCAAAAAGGUGGGAAAGGCUGUAUUCUGCCCAAACUCGUGCACUCGUGCUUUGUGGGGCAUUGCGAAACAGGUCUUUUGGAUUCACCUCCGUAUACUCCCAAUACUUCCACUCACUCCCAACGUACUUUUACACAAGAUGCCCUACUCUUGAUGUAUUGUUUCUUUGGAUUGCAAGGCAGUUAUCUAUCAUGGGGAUAUUUGCAGGAGAAGAUAAUGACACAAGAAUAUGAGGAUGCUUCUGGCAACAAAGUACGGUUCCAAGAUUCGCAAUUUCUGGUAUUCGUCAAUCGUAUUCUCGCCUUUCUAAUGUCAGGAAUUUAUUUGCUCAUUAAGCGCCAGCCACAGCACAAAACACCUUUGUACAAAUAUGCAUUUUGUUCUUUAUCAAAUAUUAUGAGCAGCUGGUGCCAAUAUGAAGCUUUGAAGUAUGUUAGUUUCCCAACACAGGUUCUAACUAAAGCCUCAAAAAUUAUUCCAGUUAUGAUAAUGGGAAAAAUAGUGUCGCGCACGUCAUACGAGUAUUAUGAAUACGUCACUGCGGUUCUCAUUUCUAUCGGAAUGACCCUGUUUAUGUUGGACAGUUCCGAUUAUAAAAACGAUGGGGCUACUACGCUCACCGGUGUUAUCUUGUUGGGAGGUUACUUAGUGUUAGAUAGCUUCACGAGUACCUGGCAAAAUGCGCUUUUUGUGGAGUACGGCGCGACAAGCGUGCAGAUGAUGUGUGCAGUUAAUAUGUUUUCCUGCCUGUUGACUGCAAUGUCUUUGUUUCAGCAAUCAAGCUUUCCGUUGAUAUUUUCCUUCAUGACAACGUAUCCUAGAUUCAUAAUCGAUUGCUUGCUGAUUUCGAUCUGUUCAGCAGGCGGUCAGUUGUACAUCUUCUACACAAUUUCCAAAUUCGGGCCGGUUACGUUUGUCAUUAUAAUGACCAUUCGUCAGGGUUUGGCAAUAUUACUAUCGUGUUUGGUCUACCAUCACGAGAUCACCGUUGUUGGUGUGUUCGGCGUAUUAUUAGUAUUCGGUUCUGUGUUCUUACGAAUUUACUGCACGAAUCGAUUGCGCGCAAUCAGAAGACGUAGAGCCGCAGCGAACAGUAUAAAACAUUAAGGCUUAUUUCACUUAGGCGAAAUUGCUCUUGUAAUUGUCAUAGAGGUAGAAUUCGAUCGUUCGUGCGCUCGUAAAUCGUCAUUAGGAGAGGAUUGUAAUGUCAUUGUAAUUAGACAUGCCGUCAUUACAAACACUGAGACAGAGUUCCGUCUCGUAUUUGCAAUUAAUCGUCAUAAUGUGUCUCCGUAUAUAUUACGAUUGUAUUCUUAAUAGUUUUAACAGAUUGAUAUGUCGACGCUUGGAGAGAUAAUUGUUAUAAGAAAUUCAUAACUAUAAUGUAUGCCGUGUGUGUAAUGUGUGUGCGUGUGUGCGUGCUCGCAGUAUACAUUGAGAGUGCCUGUUACUCCUGUGACGAGUAUACGUGUAAUCUUAAGAGAAACAGUCGCAUUACGUGUGUUUCAUUGACACAAUGAGUGUACUACGUCAUUGUAUUAUUUAUUUGAAAAAUAUUUAUUUUGAUAUAAAUGCGUAUACAAACAAA